AUGACCAUUAAUCUGCGUGCAUUAUCAACAAGGGCAUCAGGUCUAGCGGAUGACAUUCUCAAUCCACAUCAUCAGCCCUGUGAUGACACAAAACCAGGGACACGUGGGACGGACCUUUAUGAACUCCUUGAAGCUAUUGGUUACUUGUCAAUACCGGAUCAAACCAAUUCUGAAGCGAAACUUGUUAUGGACCUUGCACAAGCCAAGCGUGAAGUAUUUUGGGCACAGAAGGCACUUGCAGAUUAUGUUGCAGAGAAGACACUAGACGAUGCAGACAUGGGCCUGGGGUGCAUGAGACUUGCCUUCAAACAGAAUGGCUGGUCUCAUUGUCCUUUAUCUGCUUCACAAUGUGAAGAUGACCAUCAGCAUCCCGAAAAUUCAUCAUCUGCUACGAUAGAGGUCCCAAAUGGCCACGUUGUCACUAUCCAGCUUGACUGA